AUGUUCCAGGCGGCCGAGGGGAGUGAGCCGGAGGACGGUUAGAGAGAGGGGCGCAGUGUGGACCCGGGGCCGGGCGGGUGGGCCCGCCCGCCCGCACUCAGACCAUGAGCUACACCAGGCACUGGGGGGAAUGGAUCCUGAACUUUCGGGUGCCGCCCGCAGGCGUGUUCGGCGUGGCCUUCCUGGCCCGGGUCGCCCUGGUUUUCUACGGUGUCUUCCAGGACCGGACUCUGCUCGUGAGGUACACCGACAUAGACUACCACGUGUUCACGGACGCCGCGCGUUUCGUCACGGAAGGGCGCUCCCCUUACCUGAGGGCGACGUAUCGCUACACCCCGCUCCUGAGUUGGCUCCUCACUCCCAACAUCUACCUCAGCGAACUCUUUGGCAAGUUUCUCUUCAUCAGCUGCGAUCUCCUCACCGCCUUCCUCUUAUACCGCCUGCUGCUGCUCAAGGGGCUGGGGCGCCGCCAGGCCUGCGGCUACUGCGUCUUCUGGCUGCUUAACCCCUUACCCAUGGCGGUGUCCAGCCGAGGCAACGCAGACUCCAUCGUCGCCUCCUUGGUGCUUGCGACCCUGUACUUAAUAGAGAAGCGACUCAUCGCGUGUGCCGCGGUGUUCUAUGGCUUCGCGGUGCACAUGAAGAUGUACCCGGUGACCUACAUCCUCCCCAUAGCGCUCCAUUUGCGGCCCGAGCGCGACGAUGACGAGAGUCUUCGGCAAGCCCGGUACUCUUUCCAGGCUCGUUUGUACGACUUCCUGAAGAGGCUGUGUAGCUGGGCUGUGCUGCUUUUCGUAGCAGUUGCAGGACUCACGUUUUUUGCCCUGAGCUUCGGUUUUUACUAUAAAUACGGUUGGGAGUUUUUGGAGCACACCUACCUUUAUCACCUGACUAGGAGGGAUAUCCGCCAUAACUUUUCUCCAUACUUCUAUAUGUUGUAUUUGACUGCAGAGAGCAAGUGGAGUUUUACGCUGGGGAUCGCUGCUUUCCUGCCACAGUUCAUCCUGCUUUCAGCCGCGUCUUUUGCCUAUUACAGAGACCUUGUCUUCUGUUGCUUUCUUCAUACGUCCAUUUUUGUGACUUUUAACAAAGUCUGCACCUCUCAGUACUUUCUUUGGUACCUCUGCCUUCUGCCUCUGGUGAUGCCACUAGUGAGGAUGCCUUGGAAAAGAGCUGUAGUCCUCUUAAUGUUCUGGUUCAUAGGACAGGCCUUAUGGCUGGCUCCUGCAUAUGUUCUAGAGUUUCAAGGAAAGAACACCUUCCUGUUUAUUUGGUUAGCUGGUUUGUUCUUUCUUCUCAUCAACUGUUCCAUACUGAUUGAGAUUAUUUCCCAUUACAAGGAGGACCGCCUAACUGAGAGAAUGAAAUAUGACUAAUGUGUUCUGGAUCUUCUGUAACAUUCUGGUUAUUCCCUAUGGACUAGAAAAGAGUUGGAAUUUUUCCUCCCCGAACAUUCUAAGCACUCUAGUGAGAGCUCCCUUGUUCCAAUAGAAAUUAAAACCAGUGUUGGCCUUAUAUGUAAAGGGGGCCCAAUAACUGAGGUCCAUCCUUUAGAAGUCUUAGGACUCAUUUGUUUGAUGAGAAGUAAGUCUUUCUUGUUUGACAUUUGAAAAUCUGAUGAAGCUAGAAGAUGCUGAAAUAUUUUUGAACAGUAGAGGAAUAGACAUAAUGCCUCUAGCAGUGUUUGUUCCUGUCACACUGUGCCACUCUUGUACCUUAAGCCCCUGCCUUUUUUUUUCCCCCUGCAGUUCUGACAGCUGUGGAAAUUUACAAAGUUCCUAAAGUACAUAUAAAGUACUUUAUUUUUACAUAUAAAGUAUUAACAAUUCCAUGCUCAGUUGGGAAAGUUAAAAUUUUUUCUAUUAAAUGUGGGGGCUUAGAAGAUAACUAAUCCAAAGAAUUUAAAUUGUGAUCAUGUAUUUGUUUUGUAAUUUAGUUUUUCAGCAUUAGUACCAGUGGUAUUCAUUUUAUACAACAAGAUUAAAUUUAAACUCAUCCAUCUUUAGACCUGAGUUUUUAAAAAAAAAAUCAUACAUGUAUAUGUAUAUAACAUGUAUAUGCUUAUCCUUUUUCUACUUGCUAGAAAGACUUUUCAUCUAGAGUUUAAGCUGAGUAUUGUCUGUUGUAACAGUAGUAGAAUUUAGAUGAUAAAGCCUAAGUUUUGAACAUAUUUCAUUUGCUCUAUUCUGGUUUUAUCAUCUAAAUUGUUACAGUAGAGAGCAUUGUUGGUAAGGCAUAAAUCCUACACUCUGAAAAUUCCAUGAUAGGAAGGUUUUUGAGGGAGACUCCUGUAAAGCCCACGUGGUGUCAUUGUUUGGACUCACUGGUCUAAAUCAAGAGGUUGUAAGGGAUUUGAGGAUUUACAGAAAUGAGGCUGUGGUGGGCAGGUCCUUUUUCUUAUCACUAGAAGUAAAUACAGUGAUAGGGAAAUACUUUCUCAGCUGUAUGAAUAAACGUUCUAAAGUAUUUUUAGAAAUCAUACAGCCUGUCUGUGUUGAGGGCCUUCUAACAUUCAAAGAUGUAGUGGAAAUAGAGGAGUAUAAUUUUGUGGUCAUGAUUUAUUUUUUUUCAGAAUCAGCUCCUAAAAAAAAAUAAUUGUUUCUCCAGAAAAGUAGUAUUUUUUUUUUCCUGUCAAGGCGAGCCUAAAAAUCCUUUGAGAAUAUAAUAUUUAUAGGUUUGUCAUAAUUAAAAAUUCUAUUAGUGGCAGCAUUUCUUUGCUGGAUUCCUUUAGGGAUUGGCUUAGAGUAACAGGUGGCAUUUCUGUUGCUUACUGUGUCUAAGAAAAGUGGUCAAUUGUAAAAAACAAUGACCUUUCCUAAAAUGUCAAGAUCCAGAUUUCUUAUUAGCUCAUAACAGUACACUGCUUAAGACAGUUUAAGUAGUGGCUUUCCAAUUAUGGCAUAUGAACCUUUUAAAAUUAUUAUGGGGAUUGAAACCCCCAUUCUAGGCAAGUAGUCUGCCACUGUGCAAUGUAUCCAGCCCCAAGUGAAUUUUUGAAAUGAAAAUUUGAGCAAGGAAAGUAUAUUCAUGUGUUUGUAUAGGCCUGACUUUUGUUGUUGUUUUUAGACAGUCUUAGUACAGGCUGGCCUCAAACUUUAUUUGUUUGCCCAAGAUAAACUUGAAUUCCUGAUUUUCAUACCUCUACUUCCUAAGAGCUGAGAUUACAGCCCUGUGACACUGUGCCUGGCUCAGAAAUUCUUUAUCAAAGAAAUGCAAGUGUUUCUAAAGGGAUGCUGUUAAUCUGCUGCAAACCUUUAUUUUUUUAUUUGCUUUAUGUGUGUAGGUCUUUUGCAUGUACGUCUGUGUACCAUGUGCAUUCCUAGUGCCCAAGGUAGCCAGAGAGGUCAUUGGAUUUCCUAGAACAGAUGGUUUUGAGCCACCAUGUGAGUGGGUGCUAGGAAUCCAACCUGAGAGUCUUCUGGAAGAGCAGCUAGUGCUCUUAACCAUUGAGCCAACUCUCCAGCCCUAUGCUGCAAAAACAUUUAGUAAGUUAAGUGGAGAAAUGACUUGAUCUUUUGGUUUUUACUUCUAUCUUUCAGCUUUUUAAAGUUUUAUUUGGGGAAGAAGCACACAUAUGUCCUGUGUAUGGAGGUCAGAUGUACUCUGGACAGCAGAGGAGAACAUGUGAUAGUCGAUUUUCCUCAUUCCAUUAUGCUGGCCCUGGAGUCAAACUUGGGUUGUCAGUCUUGGCUGCUGGACCUUUUUACACUGCACUGUCUGGUCACUUUGGCUUCUUUCCAUUUAUGAUAUCUUUUUUUUCCUUAUAAGUCCUUAAAGAAUACUUUAAAAUUGUGUAGCUCUUUGAACUUAUUUUCUGUGUAAUUCUCUUGUUCGUAUACUGCCUGCAUUAUCUUUAUGUCACUGUAGCAAAUGUCUAUCAUAAGUUAACUUAUAAAGAGAAAAGGUUUAUUUGGACCAUGGAUUUAGAAGUUUCACUUUUUGAGAUUGGUUGGCCUUGUGGCCUCAGGCCUAUGAUGAGGUACACAUUGUAGCGUGAGGACAUGAUAAAACAGACUUUACCUCAGUUCAGGUGCAGAAGAUAGAGUACCAGACUUGAGCCUCUCAGCUCCUUUUGAGGGCACACCCCUAAUGCCUUAAAACCUCACACUGGGUUGGCCUAAAGUUUCCACAGCUUCCCAAUAGUGCCACAGGCAAGGAAGCAAGCUUUUAACAUCUGGGCCUUUGUGGGGAGAGUUCAAAUCCAUACCAUAGCAUCAGCUGUGUAAGACAGACCGAUUUACAGGCAAGCGUUAAUUACUAGAUUAAGAAUUUUUCUCCAGAUAGGUUGCAGUUUUUUUCUGUAACUGCUUUUCUGAUGUCUCCAAAAUGUCCUUAAAAGCUCAAGUUAAGUUCCCUGGAUUAGGGUCAUUAUUGUCUGCUUUGUUUUUUAGUUGGAAGAGAUAGGGUCUUGUAUAGCUCAGGUGAUCUCAAACUUGUUAUGUAGCAGGCUGGGCUUGAACUCAUCCUCUUGAGUCUACCUCCCACAUACUAAUUAACAGGUGUGCUGGACCACGCCUAGUUUGGAUUAGAUCCUUUGGAAAAGCUGUGAUAAUUAUCCACUACUGGGCAACUCAGCAAAAGACUUCUUAAAACCGUACAUCUGUUACCGACACCUCACUCACCAUCUGGAUUUUAUAAGUUGUAUAAUGAUGUUUCAUAAGUUGUAUAAAACUUGUUCUUUAAUUUAUGGCUGAAUAUAUUGUUAUUUUUUUAACAUCAGCUGUUAUUUUAUAUUACUACCUAUACUCUUGCCAUCUGUGCUGUGAGUUAGGAGUAGAAAAGAAAAAUAUGGAAAAUUUUACCUGUGGUGGUCUUUAAAUGCAGUCUCUUGUCAUUUCUCUCACGCAUUAUUAUUAUUUGUGUGUGUGUGUGUGUGUGUGUGUGUGUGUGUGUGUAUGUAUGCAAGUGUCUAUCAGUCUUGAGGAUUGUCCCCAAGCACCAUCCACUUUUGUUUUUUUGUUUUUUUCUGAGCUGGCCAGAUUGGCUUCGUUGACUGGUCAGCAAGCCCUAAGGAUCUGCCUGUCUUUGCACUGAUAUUUUAAGUAUAUGUCUCAGUACCUGGCUUUUGUUUUUUCUUUAAACAUUAGCCAUAUAACCAUUACUUUUCCCAGUCUAAACAGAAUUGGCAACCAAGUAACCUUCCCCUUCACCAGAGUUGAACACAUAACUUUUGUGGACAAUUCUAUCUCCCUCCUAAGAAAACAAAGUUAUCAUCUUUGUGUUUUAUAGCAAACGUCAAGAUGAGAGGAAAUAUCCAUAUUCAUCCUUUCCUCAGUGACAAUAAUUGCUUAACUGAUUUUGUAUCAUGAUGAUGGUUUUUCAUUGUUAAUCAAUUUAUUUACUCUGCCACAAAUUAAUUUUUAUGACAACACUUCAGAUUUGGUGUUUGGACUUAGUUUUAUAGAUAAACUAAGUGGUUUAAAAAUUAAAUGGCUUCCUGAUAAAAGACAGGCAAAACUAGAAUUUUAAGUGACUUUUCCUGACUAAAAUAACAUGCCCUUUUCACUGUUUUAGAGUCUUUUUUCUAGAGUGCCCAGCUCCUGCAGAUGAUUUCUGCAAAACAAAUGGGACUCAGCACUUAACUCUGACAGUCAGUUUGACCUUCCUGAUGUGUAUUAUUGUAAGGGACUUAACUCUGGCAGAUGUCCUGACAGUCAGUUUGACCUUCCUGAUGUGUAUUAUUGUAAGGGGCAGUUCUUCAGUUCUACCAAGUUUCUCUGUGUGUGUUUGAUGCCCUCAGGGGCCAAAAGAAGAUGUUGGCUCCUCUGGGAAUGGGAUUACAAAUGUAAGGUACUGGGAACUGAACCCAAGCCUUCUGGAAGACCAGCAAGGGCUCUUAAUUCCUAGCUAAUUUCUAUUGUUCUUAAACAUUUCUCAGCGACUUCUAGAUAUUUAAUAUAUUCAAAUCCUGUUGUAGCUGGUCUUUGCUACUUUGUGGGUUUUUUUACCCACCCUUUAUCCUCCUGGUUUCACUCUCAUAGAUAGAUAGGAGAGGAAGGAGAGAGUGUGUGAGAUUCCUGAAUCUAAGUCUUCUUUCUUCAAGCACUACUACUAACGAACCACAACCAACCCUCCUCUGGGGCCCUAGCAUUUAUACACCCUCUGAAAAGAGCCCAGAAUUCUAAAUAUCACACAAUCUCAGGAACUAUCUGCAGCUGACAAAACCAUGUCUCUUCACGAGGCAAAUCAUAAUCAGCUGCUGGAGUCAGUCAGACGCGGCUCCAUACCCUUAACACCUGGGAUUAAAACAAACACAUGCUUAGACUGUUUCUGUAUUUAAAGAAUCCCAAAUUGUCACUACAUCCUCUCAUACCUAGGUGUGUUAUAGCUUUGUUACUGUCCUUUCCCUCCAUUCAUCCAGCCUAAGAAGUCAAAUCAGUGAAUUAGAUCUGGUCUUACCUAAUUGUAAAUCAAGCUACAGGUAGUGUGUGAUCAUAAUUCCCAAAGUUGAUUCAAUUUCUUUUGUGGCUGAAUAAAAUUCCAGUGUGUGUA